AUGCACUCUCCCAGGAAGAAAAAAACCUCUCUAGCAAUACACACCAAACUGAGCAUGUGCAGAGUGACUCCACACGAUAUGUCUUAUCAGGAGAUAAGAGGGGGACACUGGAAGAAGGGGAGGAUCAGAGAAGUCAGAAUCAAACAGCAUUUUUAUACAAUGCAGAUGAUUAACCCCUUAGGUUCCACAGUGAGUAUACCAAGCAUGCCUUACUGCCAGGAGUGGACUGACAACUCAUGGGGCCCCCGGGCAAUAGGGGAUCAUGGGGCCCCUGUGUCCUCACCCACACUCAAA